AUGGCAGCCACCAUGGACGGCAUCAUGAAGGCCAUCUUUUCCUGCAUCCCCGCCGCGCCAUCCUCCGCUGCCGACAGCUGCCUCUCCGCCGACUUCUCCUCCAAUUUCCCUGGCGGCGGCGGCGGCGGCGGCGGCGAGGACCGCAUCAGCUGCCUCCCCGACGCGCUGCUCUCCAACAUCGUCUCCCGCCUCCCCGUCAAGGACGCCGCGCGCACCGCAGCGAUCUCCCCUCGCUGGCGCCGCCUACGGUCGUCCACGCCGCUCGUCCUCGUGGACGCCGACAUCUUCCAUGACUACGUCGUCGGCGACGGCCACGGCCACGACGGCCUCAUCGACUGGCGCGGCCUCACCAGAACCGUCUCCCGCAUCCUCUCCGGACACCAGGGGCCCUUCCGCACCAUCCACCUCACCACGGUCUGCAACUACGCGGCCGCCCGCGGCGGCAGUGCGCUCGUGCGCUGGCUCCACCUCUUCGCCGCCAAGGCCGUCGAGGAGCUCGUCCUCGUCAACUUCCCCAGGUGGCCCCUCGACAACACCCUCCCCGCCGAGGUCCUCCGCGUCGCCUCCCUCCGCCGCCUCUACCUCGGCCUCUGGGACGAGUUCCCGGACACAGAUCACCUCCCCCGCGGCGCGCACGUCUUCCCGCACCUCCUCGAGCUCGGCUUCUGCCGCACCGACAUCAAGGACAAGGACCUCGACAGCCUGCUACAGCGCAGCCCCGUGCUGGAGAAGCUCGCGCUCAUCCUCAACUACGCCACGCCGCGCAACGUCCGCGUCCGCAGCCGCAGCCUCCGCUGCGUGCUCUUCUGGAUGUCCAUCGCCGACGGGCUCGACGUGGCCGUCGCCCCGCGUCUCGAGCGCCUCAUCCUGUGGAACGACUGCCCUGGUGCCUGCUUCGACAAGAGCUUCCGCACCAGAGUCAAGAUUGGCAACACGCCGGCGCUCAAGGUGCUCGGCUACUUGGAGCCAAGCAUCCACGUGCUCGAGAUCCGCAACACCGUCAUCGAGUUUGGGACAAAGGCGAGCCCCACCACCACCCUUACAAGUGUCAAGAUCCUGGGGUUAAGGGUGCGAUUUGGAAUGCACAGGGAGACCAAAGCGCUGCCUACAUUCCUGAGAUGCUUUCCCAAAGUCGAGACAUUGCAUAUCAUGUCUGCUGAAGCUGAUGAGCCCACUGGCAAGCUGAAUUUCAAGUUCUGGCAGGAUGUCGGCCCCCUCCAGUGCCUGCAGUCACACAUCAAGAAGGUGGUCUUCAAGAACUUCCGUGGGUACCGCAGUGAGCUUGCAUUCCUCAGGUUCGUUGUGGAGAGAGCACAGCUGCUGCAAAACAUGGUUAUCGUGUUGGCAGAUGAUUCAAAGGAGGGGGUGGCCGAGAAGCUGAAACCUCUGGCUUGCAGCACCAAGCGUGCCAGCAGAGACCCGAAAUUCAUGAUCUUGGUGCGCAAGGGGGGCAGCCCGUGGAGCUUCCGUGUGGCAUCCGAUCUCUCCAAGAGUGAUCCUUUUGAUUGCUGA